AUGCUAUUAUUAGAUUCGCUAGAAUUAAUUUCCUGUCAAGUGCUUAAGGACUUAGGCAUUAAAGUGCCUGCUUCAUUAUCACUCGAUAUUUUACGUGAACUUGUUGACCAGAAUCAUGUUAAUCCUCGUGCAUCAAAUGCCAAUGCUGAUGGUCAUGCAUUUACUAAUUCUCAAUUAACUAGUUCUUAUUCAUCAUUCGAUAUCGAAUCUAAUAAUGGUGAUUCAAUGAAACAAACUUCAGUUAAUGCUGCUGAGCGAGUCUAG